AUGGGAGAAACGCAAAUAUGGGAGAAACGCAAAUAUGGGAGAAACGCAAAUAUGGGAGAAACGCAAAUAUGGCAAAAACGCAAAUAUGGCAAAAGCGCAAAUAUGGCAAAAACGCAAAUAUGGCAAAAACGCAAAUAUGGGAAAAACGCAAAUAAGGCAAAAACGCAAAUAUGGAAAAUCGCAAAUAUGGCAAAAACGCAAAUAUGGCAAAAACGCAAAUAUGGGAUAAACGCAAAUAUGGAAAAGACACAAAUACGGGAAAGACGCAAAUACGGGAAAGGUGCAAAUAUGAGAGAAACGCUAAUAUGGGAAAGACGGAAAUAUGGGAAAGAUGCAAACGGAAAUAUGGGAAAGAUGCAAAUAUGGGAAAGACGCAAAUAUGGGAAAGACGCUAAUAUGGGAAAGACGCUAAUAUGGGAAAACGCAAAUAUGGGUAAGACGCAAAUAUGGGAAAGAUGCAAAUAUAAGAAAGACGCAAAUAUGGGAAAGACGCAAAUAUGGGAAAAACGCAAAUUUGGGAAAAACGCAAAUAUGGGAAAAACGCAAAUUUCGGAAUAA